AGGAAGUGAUCCUGACAGGUGAAGUCAAGUCUGUGCAGAAGUAACAGUAGAAGGAGAGGACGUGGUUGCGGGUCUGAGGGGCUUUGAGUUAACAAGUAAAGGUCCGUGGUCCACGAUGAACCGCAGAUAGAAAUGUGUGCGAGUUCAACCUGCAAACAUCCUGAAACUGAUCGGAAACGACUGGAAACGCGAUGAUCUGAACUUGUUUCCUUCUCUGGGAUGAAGGAUUUACUGUAAUUGUGGAGAUUAUACAACUCGCUUAAGAACACCUGCAGGAGGAAACGAUGGAGACUCAGAAGCUGCUUGUUGAAACCCUGAAUCAGCUGAGUCCAGAGGAAUUUGUUGUAUUCAAGUCGCUCAUUGAAGACGCCAAUGUUUCACUGCUGCUCCCAAGGAAUAAACUGAAAACAGCAAACACGCAGGACGUGGUGAAGCUGAUGUUGAAGGCCCACGGUCACCAGUCUGUGGAGGUGACCAGAGACGUUUUGGAGAAAAUGAAAAAGAUGGAGCUGGUUCAGAGAUUGUCAGCCUUCAAGUCAGAUUCAGCUUCAGCUUCAUAUUCAGGGAAUGAACGGCCUCUUCCGCUGACCAAGAGGGUGGAGGCGCUGGAGUCUGUUACCUGGCUGCUGUUGGAGACGCUGGAUCACUUGGGUGAUGAGGAGAAAGAGGACUUCAAGGAGGCCUUGAGUGAAACCCACUGGCGGUGGUCCAACUACAACUCCUUCCACAUACUGCAGGAGUUGACUGACCUGCAGGAUAAAGUGCUGUUUAUGGUGCACAUGUACGGCAGCAGCUCCGUGGAGAAGAUCACAGAGGUUUUAAAGAAGAUGAAUAAGACUGAGCUGGUGCAGAGGCUUACAGACGGCAGCUCGGUGACCAAAGAGACACAUCUGGAUGAACAUCUGUCUGCACUCGUCCACAAGGUGGUGACUGUGAGGUCAGUUGAGAAGGUGCUUUUUGAAACUCUGACAGAUUUGAGCACAGAAGAUCUCAAGAAGGUGAAGUGGCUCUUGCAGGUCGCCUGCUACCAAAGGAAUCUCCCACAGUGGUCAUGGAAAUGGCUGUUGAUGGUAGAUCCGAGGAAGAUGGCGAACAUGAUCGUCAGGAAGUAUGGUCAACAAUCCGUGGAGUUUGCUGUGGAGGUUUUCACGGACAUAAACAGGACCGAUUUGGUCCAGAGGCUGUCGGGGAGCAGCUCCGGAACCAAAGAGAGGCCCGUCGCGGAUGAACACUGGCCUGCGCUGAUCCAGAAAGUAGAAACGUUGUCGUCUGACACCGAGCUGCUGCUGGAAACUCUGGCUGAUCUGAGCGACGAGGAGCUCAAGGACUUCAGGGAGUUUGUUCAGACUCAAUUUAACAUCUUGGGGUCGUCGAGGCUGGACCUGCAGGAAAUAGUGAUUUUAAUGGUGCAGGAUCACGGCCAACGGUCCGUGAAGAACUUUGUGGAGAUUUUGAAGCAGAUGAACAAACAUGAGCUGGUCAAGAGGCUCUCAGACAGGAGAUCAGCUUCCAAACAAAAACCCUCUGACGACGAGUGGCGCUCUGCUUUUAUCCGGAAAGUGUCGACUGUGGCAGCUGUUAAACAUCUGCUUCUGGAAAUUGUGUCUGAUUUGAGAAAAGAGGAAUUCCAACAGUUCAAGAAAAUCCUACAGAUGUUUAUCUCUCGGAAGGGUCUCUCACGCUUCUUCUUGCGUUUGGAUAAGUGUUCAACCGUGGUAGAAGUCGUGGACGUGAUGGUGCAAGCACUUGGCCGGCAGUCGGUGGAGAUGACCCGGCAGGCUCUGCUGUACAUGAACAGGACUGAUCUGGUGCAGAGGUUUCCAGAGACCAGCUCAGAGCUUGAAUGUAACAUCAGGAAAAUCAUUCGGAGUCUGUCCACUGAGUUCUCAGGAGGACAAAUCAAGGACCAGGCUGAAGGAACAAAACUCAGAUUUGAAGGACCAGCACUGUUGGAGGAAGAAGCAGAGACUAAACGGAUCCUUUCAGCGAAUCUUGCAGACAUCAAAAGAAAUGAGCUCCUGAAGUUCGUGUGGUUUCUGCAGUUCACCUGCUUCCAGAAGAGUCUCCCACAGAUCCCAAAGUACACAUCGAAACUCGCAUACACACUACCUGAACUGGUGGAUCUGAUGCUGGAGAAACUGGGAGAGCGCUCUGUGGAGGUGAUUCGAGAGGUUUUCCAGGAUAUGAAGAAGAUUCUGUUGACAGAACCCAGUGCAUCAGCCGGAGGGGCCUCAAGCAGCUCGGAGCCUGAGGGUCCUGCAAGUGUCACGGAGAAAUCCAGUAUCUGGACUAAAGUGAAGCCAGAAGUGAAUGACUCAGCUGCAGGCGAGGCUACGACUUACAGACUCCAGUCUGCAGCAGGACACUUUGAGUGCAGCGUCUCUGGUUUGCGAUGGGUUUGUAAGGAGGAGGUUGGCUUGAAGUACCAGUUUUGUUCUUGGGAGAGACACAUGGAGAGGAUGAAGAGCAGACAAUACUCACCUGCCGGUCCCCUCAUGGAUGUCAUGCUCAUCGCUGGGAAGAUAAAUGAGGUGCUCCUGCCACACUGGGUCUGCAUAGAUGACAUUCCCAAUUUAUUAGAGAAUUUUAAAGUCCUACACAUAAAUGACAGCGGGGAAGUUCUGGAGACGGCCUCUGAGGUCACACCAUCACACGUCAGGUUAACGGACCCGGACUUCUCUUUGUUAGCGGCCCUGGUCAGCUCCAUCUUUCGUGUUAAAGUCAGCUGUGACAUGUUGAUAUACUACCAACCCCACACAACGUUCCUCAAGCUCCGCCUCUAUCUGAUUCCACAUGAUUCUGGUGUCAAAGAGGCAGUAAACAAGAGUGAAUCUUCCAGGGGAUUUGAAGAAAUCAAAAUGCAUCGACCAAACAAGUUCCUGAAGAUGCAUCAGGGCUUCAGCCUCAACGCUACUGUGGACACGGUGAAAGUCCAACCAAAGGAAAUAACUCUGAGGUACGACAGUCAAGACCCAAACUGCUAUGGCGUGUUGAUGAAGAAUCCAGACAGACAAUUCAGCCUUGAGCUCCGAAAAAGUUCCUCACCAAAAGAUGACCCGGUCUGGAUCUGUGAAUUUUGGGAAGGUGACUAUCCAAAGUCUGGACCUUCCAAAGAAGCCACUAGUGUCAGAACUGCAGCUCAUGCUAAAGAGGCAGGUGCAGCAGGACCAGGAGGACCAGCGGAAGCAUCCAGUACAACUGGAUCAGCAAAUAUGGAGCAAAAAAAGAUGUUGAAAGAGUCCCUAAUGAAUAUUUCUGCGGAGAACUUCAAUGCGUUUUUAGACGCGCUCUGGGGCCGCAAGGAGAAGCCGCGCAUCUUUCGCGUGAAGGUGGAGGGGAAAAGCCCCCUGGAGGUCGCAGAUGUGAUGAUAACCACUUUCGGGGAGCAGAGAGCUCUGGAGGUGGCAGAGGAAAUCCUCAGAUAUAUCAACUGCAACCAGGAUGCGGACGAACUCGCUAAAAAGGCAGGUGCAGCAGGUGCAGCAGGUGCAGCAGGUGGAGUAAGACCAGCAGGGACCAGCAGGACCAGCAGGACCAGAAGGACCAGCAGGACCAGCAGGACCAGCAGGUGCACCCAGCAUUUUCUAGACGUAGACAGGGAGGACUUGGUCCAGAGGCCUUCGAUGGACCCCACGUUGAGUGAGCUGCUCUAAAACCAUCAUCCAGUGGUAGAUGUAAGCCAGAAUAAGAGCUCUGCCAACCUCUCAGGAGAAGAAGGGAGCUCUACGAUCCUCUCAGAAACUCAGACGCCUGCAAAGACAUCUUCCUCAAAAUCCUUCGGAAGCAGCAGCCAUAUCUCAUAGCUGACCUCCAAAUGAAAUGGUUUGUGGUGAAACGAAAAAAUAGAAAACCACCAAGAAAAUGUUUUCUCUGCAGUGGAAUAUAGCAGUGUUUUUUGUCAUGUGUAUUAUUUUACACCUAAAUUUGCUGGAAUUGGAAAGGUUUGAAAUCCCAGCCCUGAUCACUGAGCCUCAUAAAGACCUUGUUUUAUUUAUAAAAAAAGACGUGUGUGAGGUAGCUUUUAAUUUUUUUUUAAAUAGAGAUAUUUAUAAAUUACUUUUAUUAAUUGAUUAUGUAAUUAGACUUAGAAUUCCACAAAGAAUGUCAUAUUUCAUACCUGUUAGGGAAUGUUAUUGAUUUUUUUUUAUUGAACAUAAUUGAAUUAACAGCCCAGAUACAGAUAGAUUGAUAGAACAAUUUUAACUGUCUACUAAGAAUAUACUAUUGGUUCUUCACUGAAAAUAAUCUGU